UGUUCUGGGACGUGACGACUCUUUGAAAAAAGCCCUCGUAACCAUCAUCCUAGGGAAAGAUUUAUCUCAACUAUCCCAAAGAAAUGUUUUGAAAAAUACUAAGAUAUAUGAAAAUGAUAAAUAUGUGGUCACAUGUACACCAGGCAUGGACACAUCAUGUGUGGACAUAAGAGAGCUAUUUGCUAUUAAUCAACACCCUCACAUGUCUUUGAUGGUGGUAGAGGAUGGGUUUUCAACAGAGGAGGUAUGGCAACAGAUAGAAAUGCUGCACCGUAUAACUGGAAGACCCACAGAGGAGUUCAGAGUGCUGCUGCCCCUCAAAAGUAAACACCCAGAUUCUUACCCAUUCAAAUGCUGCACACUGGGGGAGGUUUUCAACAAACUGAGUAAACUGACAGAAGGAAGACACCUGAUGCCAACUGACAAGAGGCAUGAUGACCAUCUUGAUUCAGAUAUGUCUGAGUCACAUAUGUCCACACCACACACCCUGAUGGAAAUGACGGGUGGCAGAAAUAGCACAGAGCACCUCACUGACCCCACGACAAGUUUAAAAAGAAACCACUCUGGCACCAAAGUGAACCUUGUUCUGCUGGGAAUGGCUGGUACUGGAAAGAGUGCAAGUGGGAACACAAUCCUGGGAAAGAAAGCGUUCACAUCAAGAACCAGUUCAAAUCAAGUCACCACAAAGUGCCAAGAGGCAGAAACUAGGAUAGGCAGUAGACAUGUUCGUGUCAUUGAUACUCCAGACAUCUUUGAUGAUGACAUUGAAUCAUCAGUUAAGGACAAAAAUGUGAGAGAGUGCAAAGAGCUCUGUCAGGAGGAGCCUUGUGUUUACUUACUUGUGAUGCAUGUCAGCAGAUUUGCAGACGGUGAGAGAGACAUACUGAGAAAGUUAGAAAAAGCUUUUGGCAACAAAGUUCAAGAACAAACAGUCAUCCUGUUUACUCGUGGAGAAGAUCUGAAGCGUGCAAAAAUGACCUUUGAGGAAUUUUUGGAAAGCUGCCAGCCUGAUCUCAACAAAAUAGUUGAGAAGUGUGCCAGAAGGUGUGUUCUUUUUGAGAACAGUAACUCACGUUUGCCUCAAGUGGAAGAGCUGAUGAAGACAGUGAGCAGGAUGUUCAAAGAGUUCAAAGAAACAUCAGAUCACACCAAUAAAGGGUGGUUAUGGAAUCCCUUUGCUAAAUCUAAAUAAGUGACACUGUGAAAUGAUUCAA